AUGGCAACAAUUGGAAUAUCAUUAGGAGCUCUUGCAUUAGCUGGUUUAUAUCAUUUUCAAACAUCAAUAAUCUAUCCGGCAAACCUCGGAGAUUCAAGAACAAAUUGUCCAACGCCUGAUCAAUAUGAAAUGCCAUAUGAAUUGGUUAAUCUCAAGACUGAAGAUGGUGAAACAUUACAAUGUUAUCUGUUAAAGCAUGAUUCAAAAUCUUCCAAUUAUUCCAACAAAACUGUGCUUAUCUUAUGUCCAAAUGCUGGUAAUAUUGGAUUUGCAUUACCAAUCGUAGCAUUAUUUUAUCGACAAUUUAAAUAUAAUGUAUUCAUAUAUAGUUAUAGAGGAUAUGGGAAAUCUACUGGUAAACCUUCGGAAAUUGGAUUAAAAAUAGACGCUGAUAGAGUUAUGAAAUAUCUUUGUGAAGAAGAUGAACAAUUUUCAAAAUCAUCAUUAAUCUUAUAUGGAAGAUCUUUAGGGUCAGCGGUGGGGAUAUAUAUUGCAUCGAAAAUGCCAUCUGCUGUAGAUGCAAUCAUAUUAGAAAAUGCAUUUUUAUCAAUCAAAAAGACAAUACCUCAUAUAUUUCCAUUUUUAAAAUAUUUCACCAUGUUUGUUCAUCAACAUUGGGAACUGGAGAAAUUAGUCCCCAAGAUUCCAGCAAAUAUUCCUGUUUUAUUAUUAAGUGCAAGACAAGAUGAAAUUGUCCCACCUGAACAUAUGGAUGUCAUAUUUGAUUUGUUAAAUAGUGAUGUUAAACAAAUGUAUAAAUUUGAAGAUUCAAGUCAUAAUGAUACAGUUGCUCAAGAAAGAUAUUGGGAAUAUAUUCAUGAAUUCAUUAAAGAGAAUGUUAAUCCAAUAGGAUUAUGA